AAGCUACGAGGACUCAUAUUCAUAUCCAACUUACGAUCCACAGCCACCAAAAUGUCCAUGGCAGGUGUAAUGAACACAGCUGCUAUAAUUCUAUUGUGUCUAAUGACACAAAAGUGUCUGGGAGUGACAUUAAAUUGCUCAUCCCUCUAUAACAGGUAUCCAGUAAACAGUGAUAUGACGGUCACUUGUGGUCCAUCCAGUAUUGUACUGUCUAUUAAUGCCUGCCCUAUUCAGUACGCCGUGUUUGACCCUGCGAUGCUGGCCCUUAAUGGAAACCAUAGUCUGGGCUAUUGUAAUGGAACUAUUGACACUUCUGUUGAGCCUCCAGUAGUAACUUUUAACUUCCCAAUUAAUGAUACCACACAAAAUUCAUGUGGAAAUGUUAUCACGAUUGAAAACAAUAUUGGAGCUGGAGAAUUCAUGCAAUUCUCAAACGUACAGACAGUGGUAAUCUCGGGAUAUGUGAACACUCCAGCGACAUCAGAGACAGGUCUCAUUUCCUAUAGUACUAACCUGAACUACAAUUUCUCCUGCUACUACCCCCUACAGUACUUAUUAAGCAACAUUGAAUUGCUAACAUCUUCAGCAAAUGUUGCUGUCAACACAAAUAAUGGUAGCUUCAUCAGCACCUUAAGUAUGCAACUAUAUGCUGAUGCAAAUUUUACCGUACCACUGCAAGUUAAUGGAACGGCACUUCCACUAAAACAGAAUGUAUAUGUUCAAGUGAAAGCCACAAAUUUAACAGCAAACUUCAACGUUCUCCUGGAUGAGUGUUUUGCAACUCCAUCACCACUGUCAACAACUACUGACAAAUUUAGCUUAUUGACCGGGUGUUCUUCAGACAACAAGACCAAAAUAAUUAUAAAUGGUGCUGAUAAAUCAGCCCAAUUCAGUUUUCAGACAUUCCGGUUUUUGCAGCACAGUGGCCUGCCAGCAUCAACCAUCUACAUUCAUUGCAUAACAAGGCUGUGCCAACCUCAGACAUGUCAAAACUUUUUGCAGUCUUGCAAUAAUGUAAACCAAACAACCCCUGGAGCAAGAAGGAGAAGAGAUGCAGACAGGGCCGCAACCGGAGGAACCACAGAACAGGUCACUGUGUCAUCUGGACCUAUUACCCUAAGUGAUGCAGCACUAACAGACCUAAUCUCAAGUCAGUCAAGUAGUGGGGCAGACACACAGAAGCUUGAGGGAACUUUGAUUGGACUCAUUGUUGGACUAGUUAUUGCUGUAAUAUUGGUGGCUGUAUUGGUAAUGGCUGGUUUCAUGUUAUAUAAAAUGUCAAGACAGCGGGCAUCUCAGAAUGAGAAGAUGGGAGUGGAUAACUUCACCUUUAAUGGAAAAUAAGCACUUUAACAAAAUACAGUAAUAUAUUCCGCCGAAAUUAUCUCCUUAAAUCACUUUAAAUUGAAGGAAGUGUUGAAUUUAUCUCUCAGGGUGAUACAAAUUAACGUUUAAACUUGUAAUCUGUAUAAUAUAAUUUAGUUAUGAUUGUUCAUUACAUGGAGCAUAUUAGUCUGAAUUAUUUUUCUAUAUUGCAAUGAUUACUUUUGAUUUGGAUUGGUUAUUUGUUACUUGCCUAAUAAAAUAUAUGAUCAACUUUA